AUGGUAAGGCAAAGUACGAUAAGGUCUCCAGCAUUGAUACUUAAAAUUUGGAUAGCAACCCUCGACGACCUCGACGACCCCGUCUCAACCUCCGAUCGCACACCCCUAGCCGGCAACAUCUCCAGCCAACAAGCCCGACAAAACACCCGAGCGGCAAACAAUGCGCAAGGCUAUCUCAACUCCACAAUCGGAGGUGAAGACCGCAGAGCGCCUAUGGACACAAUUGAUGAAAGUCUUUGGGACACUUUGCGAAGAGAUCUCCUGGCAGUUUGGGAGAAGAUGAGACAGGUGCUUUAUCCCAAGUACUUGCUUGGAGGAAUGUUGUCGAGAGAAGGAGGUGGGACGGCAGAUGUUGAGGCGGGAAGGUUUGAGCAGAUUAGAGGCAUGGUUGGAAGGUGGCCGGAUGCGGACACGGUGUUGCAGGGUGGGAAUAUGAGUGAAGGGUUGAGGGAUUGGGAUCUAUGGGGUCCACUACUGUUCUGCUUGCUGCUGUCGUUUUUUCUCAGUCUCAGGGCGAGAGACAAUCAGCGGUCGGAAGUGUUCAGUGGAGUCUUCGCCAUGAUUUGGAUUGGUGAAGCUAUUGUGACGUUGCAGAUCAAGUUGCUUGGAGGAACGAUUUCUUUCUUUCAGUCAGUCUGCAUCAUCGGCUACACCCUCUUCCCAAUGGUCAUCGCAUCGGUGCUCAGCGCAUUCAAUGUGCACUGGAUCGUAAGAAUACCGGUAUACAGCGUGCUUGGCCUGUGGUCGUUGGCUGCUGGAGUCAGCAUUCUCGGAGGAAGUGGUGUGGUGAAGAAUCGGGUGGCACUGGCCAUCUUCCCGCUGUUCAUCUUCUACAUUGGCGUGGACUGUCUUUGUUUCAUAUCAUAG